CGUGCUCUGCACUUCUCAUAUUGGUUUUAGCGUUUUAGGGACAAAAAGCCCUCCAAUUACCGUAGCCCCAUCUCUUCUCCACAGACAGGCCAGAGCAGAGCAUAGCUGUAUGCCAUUCUCCAGUCUCCACACAACACCACCCUUCACCAAUCUAGCUGGUAGCCAAAAAGAGCAAGGCAUCCAUGGAGCUCGCGGUGGCGGCCCUGGGCAGCCUCCUCCCCAAGCUUGCCACGCUCCUCACAGAUGAGUACAAGCUGCAGAAGGGGGUCAGGGGGGAGAUCAGGUUCCUCCAUGCCGAAAUGGAGAGCAUGCAGGCUGCCCUCGACAGGGUGUCCAACCUGCCGCCUCAACAGAUCGAUGAUCUUAACAACAUUUGGGUGAGGGACUUGAAGGAGCUGUCCUAUGACAUUGAGGACAGUGUUGACUCUUUCAUGCUCCGAGUCGAUGCCCCUGGUUCUGCCAAGCCAAAGAGCUUCAAAAGAUUCUUUGACAGGACCAUUGGGCUAUUGACAAAAGCUAUGGCUCGGCAUCACAUCGCUGAUGACAUCCAUGACAUCAAGAGCCGCAUCCAAGAGGUCGCUGGUAGGCGAGAAAGGUACAGAUUUCCAGAAGUUGCAGGGCAGCCAAAGAAUACAGAAAUGGAUCCUAGGUUGCCUGCUCUCUACGAAGAUGUAAAGAACCUCGUUGGUAUUGAAGGCCCUGCAGAGAAGCUCACUGCUUUGCUAAGUGCACAAAAACAGAAGCUAAUGGUUGUCUCAAUUGUCGGAGUUGGAGGCCUUGGGAAAACCACUCUUGCAAAUUCGGUGUAUCAAACAAUCAGAGCAGAAUUUCAGUCACAAGCUUUUGUUUCAGUCUCCCUUAAGCCAGACAUUAACAAGAUUUUGAGCAGCAUACUACGGCAGGUUAGCGGACAACAGUACCCCAAUCCUGAAGCAUGGAGCCAUACAGAGCUUAUAGAUACAAUCAGACAAAUACUUGAGAAAAAAAGGUACAUUAUUGUAAUAGAUGAUGUAUGGGCAGAGUCUGCAUGGACACAGAUCAAGUGUGCUCUAAUUGAAAACAGUCUUGGUAGCCGGGUCAUCGUAACUACCCGGAAUGCUGAUGUGGCAAAAUUUUCUUGCUCAUCCAUUGAUGGUACAAUGUGUGAACUAGAUCCCCUCUCCUAUGAGGACUCAAAAAAGCUGCUAUGUAAAAGGAUAUUCAAUGAAAAUGAGGAAAUGCAUUCUGAACUAGAGGAGGUAUCACGGAAAAUUUUGGACAAAUGUGGUGGUAUACCAUUGGCUAUCAUUACUACAGCUAGUUUAUUUACAAAGUAUGAAUGGUAUGGUGUGUACAGUUCAAUGGGUUCUGGACUUCAUAAGGACAAGAGCCUUGACAGCAUGAGAGCGAUCCUGUAUCUUAGUUAUUCAGAUCUGCCUUCCUAUCUAAAGCCGUGCUUGCUGUAUCUAAGCAUGUUCCCUGAGGAUUAUGAGAUUCCAAGUGAUGAGUUGGUACGGCUUUGGAUAGCAGAAGGUUUCGUUGAUGAAAAACUGGGGUGCAAUUUGUAUGAUCUUGGAGAGAGGUACUUCAACGAGCUCGUCAGCAGAAGCAUGAUUCAACCAAUAUAUAAUGAGGAUGGUAGUCCAAGUGGUUGUCGAGUACAUGAUAUGAUUCUCGAUUUCAUUAUAUCCCUUGCAACUCAAGAAAAUUUUGUCACCAUAUUAGAUGUUCCGUGCCAUAUAUCUUCAGCACGCAAGAUUCGACGAUUAUCACUGCGAGGCAGCAAAGUAGAAAGAGAAGAACAAGUGAUAUAUCAAGCAACACUGAACAUAUCCCAUGUCAGGUCAUUAGUUGCUUUUGGUGAUGCCGUUCAGUGGGUGCCAACUACGUCAAGGUUUCCAGUUCUCCGUGUUUUGGCUUUCAAACACGAUUGGAGCGACAAUAUCCAUCCUAAGGAUCUAGGAAGUCUGCAGCACUUGAGAUAUCUUGCACUACAAGGUAUGUUCCAAACAAAGCUUCUAGAAGGAAUUGGGAAUCUAAAGCUUCUCAAGACACUGGAUCUGCGGGGCCGAUUCAAAGGAGAACUGCCAGCGAGUCUUAAUCAGCUACGACAACUAGAAAGUCUGUUAAAUUGUACUAAUAUAGUGAAACUUCCAGAUGGGAUUGGGAAUCUAAUAUCCCUAAACGAGCUAUGGUGGCUAAAUGUGGACAAAUCACCAAAUACUUUGGCUGAACUUGGUAGCCUUACUAAACUCAGAGUGCUGAAAAUAAAUGGCUUACAUAGAAACCAGAGUUACAUGAAGACAUUUCUACAGGCCCUGUCCAAUCUCAUCAACCUUCGCAGACUAGUUUUUUAUGGAGAGGGAUCAUGCUCUCUAGACAUGCCAGACCAAUGGACGGGCCCUGCACAUCUCCAAAGCUUUGAUGGGGAUGAUUUGAUCUUCUCCCAGGUGCCCCGGUGGUUUUCCUCCCUCUCUGAACUCUCCAGAUUGUCCAUGUACGUCAAUCUUCUAAGACAGGAGGAUUUCAAUCUGCUUGGGGCUUUGCCCGUGCUACGUUUUCUUGAUCUAGGAGGAGAUCCCUUUGGCACCACCACCGAAGAACAGGUGGUAGUUGGUGCUGAUCACCCCUUCCGCUCUCUACAAGAGUUUAAGUUUUAUCCUAAGACAAGAUGUUGGCUGGAGUUUGCUCGAGGAGUGAUGCCAAAGCUUCAACGGCUUGUGUUAUCCUUCGAAGUGAAAAAGUGGGAAGGUGGUGGUUUUGAUGUUGGACUGGAGAACCUUGCUUCACUUAAAUACGUCACUGUCAAGGUUGACUGUGCGGGUGUCCGGAUUAAGGAGGUGGAGGAUGUCGAGACCAAGGUCAGCGAUGCAGUCGACAUGCUUCCGAACCAUGUAACCCUUAAGAUAUCAAGAGAAUGGACAAUCCUAAUGAUACAGGAUGAGAACAAAGAUGGUCAUGCGGUAUCCGAGGAAAGUUAAGACUGGGAGUCAUCCUUCCACCGCCAUCCCCGAGCCCGCUGUUUCUUUUGCCUAAGCUGAGCAUCCACUUCUGCUUGUUCACAACCACUGCCCUCUUUUUUACUCUGAGUCAUUCCGUCCCAUGUUCUGCUUCUAGUCUACACAUUUCUGCACCUCUCCUAUUUUGUUUCCUCAGUACUCUCUUUCACGUUCACUUAUAUGCCAGCUACUUACUUAUUCAUCAAGCAAGGGGCGCCAACCUUUGUCUCAUUCCACAAGCAGUUCCUCACUUCCUUUUCCUUAAAAAUGCACAAAUAAUAAAUCCUGUAUUGUUACCCUUAGUACUUCCCAGAUUGUUGUGUCUGAAAAAUACAUUAAAAACUCCUUUGUCAUCGUUGAAACAUUGAUCCCAUCCUUGUUCUCCUUUAAAUAUACAUAUAAAACUAAUUUUCGUUCUACUCCAACAUAUUCAGCUGAUUGCUCUCCUCUACCUCAACCUCAUGUCGGAUGGUUAAGUCUAAGUAAGUUCGCCUCACAUGAAAAUUAUUUAAUUUAUAUGUUACUAGGUACCUUCAUGAUCUAUUGAACACGCUAAAACUAGAAUAUUUGACACUGGAAGCAAUACUACCUCUAUCCCCAAAAACAAUGCAACUAUAAGUGCAUUUUUUGUUAGUGUGUCUAUAGUUUGACUAAAUAUAUAGGUGAAUCUAUUAGCAUUAAAUACUAAAUAAGUAUAGUAUAAAAUAUGUCUUUCGACAAACAGCUGAUUGUGUAGCAAGGAGGAAUCUGCCCCAUCAUGAGGCAUGUCCCUUAUGUGAUCAAAUGGAUGAAACAAUAAAUCAUUUGUUAGUGGGCUGUGUUUUCGCUCGACAAGUUUGGAGCCUAGUUCUGCAACAGUUAGGGCUGCUGCAGUUGGCACCACAGCCUAUUGUGACUCAUUUCUAGGGGUGGUGUGGAUGAGGUCAACUGCUGCUAUCCCCAAGGAAGCGCGUAAAGGCCUCAAUUCUUUGAUAAAUUUGGUGGUUUGGGAGAUUUGGAAGCAUCGUAACACUUGUGCCUUUGAUAAUAGGAGAUCAAGUGUUCAGGAGGUCCUUAGGACUAUUAACGCGGAGGGAGGGCUCUGGUGCUCAGCAGGAGCCUCCAAUCUCUAGGAACUUGUUUUUAGGUUGUUGCCUUCUAGAGCUUAAAUUCGGAGGCUGGUUCUUUGUGUGGCGAGUCUAUAACUUAGUGUUCGAGGUGUGGGGUGUGUGAGUUGGGCCUCGUUGACGCGUGUACCAUUUUUUCUAUCUUAAUGAAAUGGCGUGCAGUUCUCCUGCACUGUUCGAGAAAAAAACAAAUCUAAUGAGAUUUAUUUAAUAUUAUGAAUAUUAAUAUCUUUAUUUAUUUAUAGCUAGUCAAACCCAACAUAUUUAAACUUGGUACAGUGCUACAAUUGAAUUAUUUUGUGGUGAGUAAGUACCACCGAUUUACAGAUUUGUUGUUGCUCAAGAUUAAAAUUUAAUAGAAAAUUCAUUCUGUUUUAGAAAGGUAUAAUUCAUCCAUUUUCCAUCUAUGUUUGUGAUCUCACAAGAUCGAGCACCAAAUCAAGUAUUUGCUUGGGCUACAUUAUCACUUUAGGCCUGAGUUAAACCAUGUGUCAUAUAUCUUCGGUUAAUUAGUAAUAUUUUUGGAUUAACUACCUCCUCUUGUAGUUGUUGGAACGAAUUUCAUAUAAAUGUGCAUGGUUCCUUCUACGGGGAAGUUAUGCACCCGAUAGAGAAAAUACAACUAUUUAUAUAUCCUAGUUUUAUAGUCAUGUUUAGCUCAUACACUAAUUAACUACACUCUCUGUACCAUUGCUAUGUGCUCCUAGGAAUUAUGCAUGUCCAAUUCCGUGCCACCACUAGUGCUUGAUAUUCUAUUUAGCACUGAAUUCAUUUUAUGUACGGUAGCAAAAUAUGUAUACUGGAAGUUCUCAACAAUAAGUUGUUGCCAUUUAGCUCAAAGGUAAAAUUUCCCCAAACUGUUUGUGCUUUGCAAAGUACGUGGUAGUAACAGAGCCAAAAGCUUUUAGAAGCCCAGACAAUUCUUAUUAUACAAAAAAAUUUAGCUAGCAAAGUAUUGCUUUGAACUAAAAGUUCUUCUUUAUUAUAAAAAAAAAUGCUUUGAACUUCAGUGACGAGCCCAGCCUGCUGGCCGGGGUCGUCGGGCGGUGGCUCCGCCCUGGUACACGGUAAUAAGAGUAUAAUAGCACUUUUGGAUACAUGAAGCAUGUCCUGUCAAAAUUUAAGUAUAGUACACAAAGCAUGUAAGUUGGAUGCACACAUAUAUAUACCAUGGAUCUGGAUUAACAUAACAACCAUCCAUGUGGAUGAAGCUAAUGUUUUGGCAUACUAUUGCUGCAACUUAGGGAAUUGAAUACUAUAACCCAGAGAAAUGAUGAUGCUACUCAAGUUUUGGCAUAAAACUAAAGGAUUGGUGCUUUACAUGACGAUGGAUUUGGUCACAGAUUGCCAAAAAUACGUCACAGUCAACUAUCCAUGACGAACGAGAAAUCCGUCAUGUAUCUCACGUCAUACAUUUGUUGCACCGAAUUGAGCCGUCACGAAUCCGUAUUUAUUUCCGUCAUGGAUUGCAUGGUCUGGAAGCAUAGCAAAAGGGUUCUGUGAUGAUCUAAAACGUCAUGGAUUUGGUCCACGUGGAUUGUCGCCAAGUCAGUUUGUGCCAAGUCAGCUAUUGCCAUAUCAGCUAGUUCCACGUCAGCUAUAGGCCCAUUUUUUUUGUUCAAAUACGACUUAAAUUCAAAUUUGAAUCGACAUUACAUGAAGAUCGUCACAGAUCACAACCAAAUAUCAUCACAGAUUAGAACCUAUUUUCAUCAUAGAAAAGGUUUAGAAAACAAAAGAUCAGGUACAGAUGAUCAAUGCCAGUUACACAGAAAAUGGCAAGACUUACACAUGUCAAUGCCAUCACCAUUACAAGUCUCAACACAUUUCAAACAAAUAUUAACACAUUUCUUGGGCACUUGAUGUAGUGGAAGAGGAUCAGAAUACAUCUUCUUUAACUUGGACUGCAUUCUUCAGCAUUCUUCAGCAUCUUGAUGUAGUGGCGAACAACAUUCUUCAGCAUAGCCACACAUGCUUUUUCACAUGGAUUGAGGUUUUAUCCACUUAAAA